GGUCCGGAGAAAAGACAAGGGAGAGGUGGCCGGUCGCCUCAGACCCCCGCUCAGGAGGGAGCGGGCGGUACUCAGAGAGGGGGGCCCGCUUUUCCGCAGCUCUCGGCGCCUGCCGUCUUCCAUUCCUCCUUGGCCGCCUGAGGAGGAGCGACCAUGUCGGUCAUCUUCUACCUCCUCUCCACGCUGGGCGGCUACGUCUUCGCCUCGGCGCUGCUGCUGAAGUACCCGGGCUUGCUCCACCGACCCAAGCGCCACCGCUUCCGAUGCCGGCACAUCUCCCACCGCGGCGGGGCUGGAGAGAAUCUGGAAAAUACCAUGGCAGCAUUUCGCCAUGCAGUUGACGUUGGAACCGAUAUGCUGGAACUUGACUGCCACUUGACGAAGGAUGAGCAAGUUGUCGUGUCUCAUGACGAGAAUCUGAAACGGUCGACCGGGGUUGAUGUCAAUAUAUCAGACCUCGAAUACUCGGAACUCCCACCCUACCUCUGCAGAUUGGAUGUGACAUUCCAGAAAGAGUGCCAUUGUGAAGGUGAAGACAAGCGCAUCCCUCUCCUGAAAGAGGUAUUUGAGGACUUCCCCCACACUCCUGUCAACAUAGACAUCAAAGUGAACAAUGACGUACUGAUUAGAAAGGUCUCAGAGUUGGUGAGCCUUUACAAGCGAGAACAUCUGACGGUUUGGGGCAACGUCAGUCAUGAGAUAGUUGAAAAGUGUCACAAAGAGAAUGCCCACAUCCCUAUCCUCUUCUGCUUGCGACGUGUCCUGCUCCUCCUCGGCCUGUUCUAUACUGGCCUUCUGCCUUUCUUUCCCAUCCUGGAGGAGUUCCUGGAGAUUCCUAUGCCUUCAAUCAUUCUCAAGUUGAAAGAAUCCGAGAAGAUCUCAAGGACUCAGCGGUUUACCAUAUGGCUUACUGACGCAUUGUUAAUGAGGAAAGCAUUAUUUGACCACCUCACUGCUCGAGGAAUUCAGGUGUAUAUCUGGGUCCUCAACGAAGACGAAGAGUACCAGCGAGCGUUUGAUUUGGGCGCGACGGGCGUGAUGACGGAUUACCCCACGAAGCUGAAGAGCUUUUUGCACACCUACACGCCUGCGCAGCAGAAAGUCAAGGAAGGCUAGUUCUUGCAAAGAGGAAGGGGGGAAGAGUACAUGAUCCCCGGACGGCACCAAGCCAAGGAGCAGCAGCACCACCACCCCAACACACCGGCACCCUCCUGCCUGGACUUUUCAGUGACACGCGCUCACCCGACAAUGAGACGUAGACGCAGCUGGGUUUUAUUACCUCAUUCUUAAGUCAUUACACCUCUUAGAGAUUGCACACAGCUAUAUUUAUUUUAAAAUGUAAGCGGCAUAGUUGUUAUGUAAAUAGCUUGAUGGGCGGGUGUUGUACCCUGGUCCGACGAGACGUUUCUAGGAAGGAACCUGCUGACAGGGCAAUUCCUAGGGGUGGUGGGUGUAACUCAACCGUAUUUGUUGCUAGCUCAGAUUCCACCAAGUUUGCACAUGGGAAACAUUCCAGCGGGACACUUUUUAAUAAUAAUAAUAAUAAUAACAAUAAUUUUAUUUCGUUGCCUACUCUGUGUAAAAUGUUCUUUAGUGGACUGGCUGAGGCAGCCGUAAUUGUCUGGUCAUCCCACGUUUUCUUAGUGAGGCAGAAAGAGGAAAAGAAGCAAGAGCUGGAAAAAUGGACAAGCCGGACCUUUCUCUCUGCUAAAAGCCCCUGUCUGACAUCCAUGUUUUAUUUGCUGAGGACAACUUUGAAGAGGGCGUGAUGAACUGUUCCCCGAUGGCUACUCCCCCCCCCCCAAAAAAAAUCCGGUAGGCUGCUUCAAGCGCUGUUUGACUGCAGACACUGUUUGCUCCAUGCGCCAUUCCUGCCUCUUGAGCAGGCUAUCUGGGCACAGCAAAUCUUGGCCAGGGAACUCAUGACGGUCAGUCCUCUAGCAUAACUCAUGAAAGUUAGCCUUCUUUUAUGGUGUGUAUGUGUGUGUGUGUGUGUGUGUGUGUGAGAGAGAGAGAGAGAGAGAGAGAGAGAGAGACCAACAGCGAACCCUAAAACUAGCAAUAGUGCUGUUUGUAUCAAUGUAGGGAUGUCUUGGCCAGUUUGUUGUAUGUACUGCCGUGGCACACUGCCAUGUGUUUUUUAGCCUGAAGCAUUUUUGGGAAGGGCUCGCACUGCAGUCAUUGACUCCGAGUGCGAGCAGAAGACAUAUAACAGUAAGAUGUGGCAUCGCUUUUCAGGGGCUGACGGUAUCAAGGGCUGCAACCUUUUUUUUCCCUGGCCUGAAUUCAGAAUGUAGAAGAAGCUAUCGUUCCUGUAGAUUCCAGGCUCACCUGCCUUGAUAGUCAUAAGCCUAGUAGCACAUGUUUUGAACCAAGAAGCUGAAAUUCCCAAAACAAAGCCUCCCUAAUUGACUGGCAUACGUAGAAAGAGGUCUCUGCACUUUGUUGGAACACUGUUGCCUCCCCAGGAGAGUUCUGAUUUAAGGAUUCCAGGAGCAAGUGCUGGAUCCGAGGAAAGAUCUUAACUUGGCCUCUGCAAGUGUGCUUUGGUUAACUAAGCUGGUUUCCACUCCCAUGCACAAGGAUGUCUUCUGACCUACUGACAUCUGGAGAAAAUAGCAUCACGUUUACUUUAAAAUAAGUCAAUAAGUUUUAAAUAUAAGGGGGUGGCAAGCCACAGAAGAAUGGUAUGGAAAACCAGUGCAGUUCAAGACAUAGACCUAGGUUCAAAUACUGUAUCAGCUUGAUUAAAAUAAAAAAAAAUAGCUGGGAAAGUUUAGAGCAGUCACAAUCUCUCAGCCUAACCUACCUCACAGGGCAGUUAUGAGGGUAACAGGGUAUUUAAAACAAAAACAAAAAACACAGCACUGUAGACCACCCUGAAUUCUUUGGAGGGAUUUGAUACAAACUGUGACUUUAAAAGGCCAUUUAUCUGUAGCAUGUAUAUUCUGAAGUACACUUCUGUGUCGCCUCUCCUAAAUUUAGCUUAAACUGUACUGUGAGGGACGUAGCAGUCUCUGGAUCAGCGAAUUAAAAGAUUAAAAAACCUGAACCUCUCUGAGCCAUGUCUGUGAUGAAAUGGUUUCCCUCAUUAACCUGAAGACGGUUUUCAAAUCGAAAGGGCGCUCCACUACCGCUCUGACAUUGCAAACCAGCCGUGCCUGUGCACCUUGGUGGCCUGGCUUUUGAAAGCAUUUAAAUUCCACUUCAGACUAGCAGGGAAGUGAUAUUGUUCACAUCACCUCUUCCAGUGAACGUGGUGGUUCUUGCCUGCCUGCUACCCUGCGUGAAGCACUUGCCUAGAGAGGGAAUCGAAAGCCCGUUGCCACCUCAGCUCUGUUGCCUUCCCCUCUUCCAGCCCCACACUGCACGUUAUCCUUGCUACGUUCCUUGGGGCAGAGAGCAUGUACUUGCUUAUGCUACUCUCUAAACCCUCCGUGUACUCUCAUGCUCACUUCUAGGCCGUAGAUGUCGCCCAUUAGGGCGAAUGAGCCCCACCAA